AUGGGGCAAAAACCAUCACAACAGUUGGCUCUGAAAGACGGCACAGAGGUUUUCAGCGUCGGUGAGGUUGUCAGCGAGGCGAUAAUCCAUGCGGCUGAGAAACUGAAGGACUAUCUUGGAUUUGAAGAUCCUCUGAGCAACCUGUGCCCAGCUUCAAACACUCUGAAUGAGAUCUUCUUAAUCCACUUUGUCACCUUCUGCCAAGAAAAGGGAGUUGAUGAGUGGCUCACCACCACCAAGAUGUCCAAGCACCAAGCCGUACUGUUUGGGGCAGACUGGAUUUGGACCUUCUGGGGAUCCGAUAAGCAAAUAAGGCUGCAGCUGGCAGUGCAGACCCUGCAGAUGUCUACUCUUCCUCCUGUGGUUUCUAAGCCUUGCGACUUCUCACAUCCAGAAUCCAGGCCAGAGGAGGCUUCCAGGAAGAGAAGUAGAUUCGAUAAGCUGGAAGAUUUCUGUAACUUGAUAGGAGAGGAUUGCCUGGGCCUGUUUAUCAUCUUUGGUGUGCCAGGAAAGCCCAAAGACAUCAGAGGAGUUGUCCUGGACAGUGUCAAAAGUGAGACAGUGAGGGGCCAUCUGCCAGGAGCAAAGGCCGUGGCGCAAUUUGUCCGGGAAACUGAAGACUGUGUCUCCAUCAGAGAGCUGCUUGGAAACUGUCUGAGUAAGAAAGAUGGGCUGAGAGAGGUAGGCAAGGUUUAUAUUAGCAUCCUCUGAACUGGAUGUGCACAAUCAGACUGGCCUGUAAGGCAAAAAGAAAAAAUAGU